CCAACGUGUCCAGCUUGAGUCAAUGAAAUCCAAAACACGAUAAUCCACCUUUCGAUCUCAUAUUGCCUCCCCUGUAGAGGUACAUGGUCCUCAGGUUUCCAUAUCAACGGCACACUCUCCUGUUCCCAGAUGCCUCAGCGUAUUUAAACCUACCCUGAAUCUACCAUCGCCUUUGGUCCACUUGCGAAUCUCCAACAAUGGGUAAGCGGAAGAAAUCGAGCAGACAACCGCAGGGGCCAAAGAAGCGAGAGUCACUCCCAACAACAUUCGCAUGUUUAUUCUGCAACCAUGAAAACUCGGUUGUUAUCAAACUAGACAAGAAACUUGGGCUAGGGAAUCUCUCCUGCAAGGUAUGCGGGCAGAGAUUCCAGACGGGUAUUAACUAUCUUUCUGCGGCUGUUGAUGUGUACUCUGACUGGGUUGAUGCAUGCGACGCGGUGGCUAAGGAUACUGCUCACAAAUAUGAACCGAACACUCCGAACAUGCACCCUAAUGAAUAUGCCACUUCUUCAGGUGAACAAGAAGCUGGGGAUAGUACUGCGAGAGUGGAUACAAAUACUGAUGAUUACUGAAUUCACUGCUGGAGUGUCUAGUGAACACUUACACGAAUGGACCAAAGAACCUUCCUUGCUACUCAUUUAAUUAGUUUGUUUCCCUCCUAAUCUGUGUAUAUGCCAAAAUUUCUCACCCUGGCAAAAAACACAAGCCUUUCAGGUAUAUAUUCUGAACGAAGGAAUGGUCAGGGAGCCUGGUACAUAUAACAAGAGUUUGCCCGGGGAGGGGAGGGGAGGGGGGAUGAUCCAGACUUCACAGCCUUGGAUCUGGGAAUUAUCAGAAAACAAGGCUGGUAAUUUAUAGGGCUAGGCUCCAUCCCUCACGUCAUAGGUAAACGGAUAUACCUUUAGUCGAAGCAACUACAAAUAUCGAAACCGCCUGAUGCCU